AUGACAAAUCCAUUCAAUUACUGUACCUCUAUAUUUGUUAUAACUCAUAUUGGAGAUAAACAUUUUAAUCCUUUUGUACUUACACGAUGCUACACUCACACACCUAGUUCCGUACUAAGUCAAGGCUACACUCACACACCUAGUUCUGUACUUAGUCAAGGCUACACUCACACACCUAGUUCUGUACUUAGUCAAGGCUACACUCGCACACCUAGUUCUGUACUUAGUCAAGGCUACACUCACACACCUAGUUCUGUACUUAGUCAAGGCUACACUCACACACCUAGUUCUGUACUUAGUCAAGGCUACACUCGCACAUCUUGUUCCGUACUAAGUCAAGGCUACACUCACACAUCUAGUUCCGUAUUAAGUCAAGGCUACACUCACACAUCUAGUUUCGUACUAAGUCAAGGCUACACUCACACAUCUAGUUUCGUACUAAGUCAAGGCUACACUCACACAUCUUGUUCCGUACUAAGUCAAGGCUACACUCACACAUCUUGUUCCGUACUAAGUCAAGGCUACACGCACCCACCUAGUUCUGUACUUAGUCAAGGCUACACUCACACAUCUAGUUCCGUACUAAGUCAAGGCUACACUCACACACCUAGAUCCGUACGUAGUCAAGGCUACAAUCACACACCUAGUUCCGUACUUAGCCAAGACUACACUCGCACACCUAGUUCCGUACUUAGUCAAGGGUACACUCACACACCUAGUUUCGUACUAAGUCAAGGCUACACUCACACACCUAGUUCCGUACUUAGUCAAGGCUACACUCACACACCUAGUUCCGUACUUAGUCAAGGCUUCACUCAAACAACUAGUUCCGUACGUAGUCAAGGCUACACUCACACACCUAGUUCCGUACUUAGUCAAGGCUACACUCACACACCUAGUUCCGUACUUAGUCAAGGCUACAUUCACACUCCUAGUUCUGUACGUAGUCAAGGCUACACUCACACACCAAGUUUUGUACUUAGUCAGGGCUACACUCACACACCUAGUUUUGUACUUAGUCAGGGCUACAUUCACACACCUAGUUCCGUACUUAGUCAAGGGUACACUCACACACCUAGUUCCGUUCUUAGUCAAGGCUACACUCACACACCAAGUUCCGUACUUAGUCAAGGCUACAUUCACACUCUUAGUUCCGUACUUAGUCAAGGCUACACUCACACACCUAGUUCCGUAAUUAGUCAAGGCUACACUCACACACCUAGUUCCGUACUUAGUCAAGGUUACACUAACACACCUAGUUCCGUACUGAGUCAAGGCUUCACUCACACACCUAGUUCCGUACUAAGUCAAGGCUACACUCAAACACCUAGUUCCGUACUUAGUCAAGGCUACACUCACACACCUAGUUCCGUACUUAGUCAAGGGUACACUCACACACCAAGUUCCGUACUAAGUCAAGGCUACACUCACACACCUAGAUCCGUACGUAGUCAAGGCUACAAUCACACACCUACUUCCGUACUUAGCCAAGGCUACACUCACACACCUAGUUCCGUACUAAGUCAAGGCUACACUCACACACCAAGUUCCGUACUAAGUCAAGGCUACACUCACACACCUAGAUCCGUACGUAGUCAAGGCUACAAUCACACACCUACUUCCGUACUUAGCCAAGGGUACACUCACACACCUAGUUCCGUACUUAGCCAAGGCAAGACUCUAACACCUAGUUACGUACUUAUUGAAGGCUACACUCACACACAUAUAUCCGUACUUAGUCAAGGCUACAAUCAAACAACUAGUUCCGUACUUAGUCAAGGCUACAUUCGCACUCCUAGUUCCGUAAUUAGUCAAGGCUACACUAACACACCUAGUUCCGUACUUAGUCAAGGCUACAAUAACACACAUUGUUCCGUACUUAGUCAAGGCUACAAUAACACACCUAGAUCCAUGCUUUGUCAAGGCUAA